AUGGCAAUCGCCCAACCAGGAAUGAUCAGCCGCGUCGGGAAGCCCACUAAGACCCUCAAAGGGCAUUGGACAGAGGCCAUCAAGGACAAAAUUGUACAAAACCUCAUCUCCGACCCAUCAUGGACUCACUUCGCUGACAGACCCAAGUCACAGCACAAUGCGGCUCUACAAGAGGCCCUUGAAUGCACGAAGUGCGAUCACGUGGAGAUCAUCCCAUACAUGAUGCAAGCUGAUAUCGCAAUGGGCUUAUACAUUACGGCCCAGUACCCCCUUUACUUCGCCAAUGCAAGCGCACAUAUCGAAGAGGUCUCUCCAUUUGAUACCACUUCACACCAAAGUGAGGCUGUGACAUUUUGGGACGAUAUCACAAUAUCUCAGCAAAAACGCUACUACGAACAAGUCGAUAACAUUAUCAAAAAGACCUCAGCUCACUACGGUUGGCCAGCCUCCGAGGAUACGGCCCUGUUUGCACACUACCAGGUUGACUUUCAUAUCCGCCAGCAUUACCUCGCCCCAAAAAGCCUGCUCAGCCUCUGCCGCGAUAAGAAAGAUGUCCUAGAACUGCGACACUGGCAGUGGGAGACCGCCGAGUCAGAAGGGCUUGCUUUUAGGGAAGACUCCCAUUUUGGAGUUGGCUGGAUUUGGGAUCCGACCAAUUCUCUCAACCUACAAUAUGAAGGGUGGAAGAUGAGAGCAGAUCAGCGUGAAACUCGCCUCAUUGAUUCGCAAGUCCGGUGGGCGGAGAUUCAGAGCGAAAGGAAGAGACAGAGGAUGCGCAGUGUCACGGUUGUUUUCAACGGUGAGCCUGUGAGGGUAUACAGGUGGGAGGCGAGCGAGCCACCUCUUUCGGAGGCUGAGAUUGAAGAGAUUGCCAGAGUGAAUGCUGGGAGGACGAACUUCGAGAAGCCCAUUGCGCAGUCUUUGUAA